CCCCACCCCUUAGCCGGCUCCGGUAGUCGCGGCUGGAGCUCCAGCUGUCUUCAGAGCUCUCGUGCGUCUGGGGACCGCCCCACUCUGGCGCCCUUGGGUGUCUUCUGUUUCCUUCACUGAGAAUGAGUCGCUGCGCUGCUGUGUGUCGACCCCGCGGAGACCACCGGCGCAGUUUCAUCUAGCGACUGGUCAUCUUUGCAAUUAUGGAUUUUUAAACGGGAUCAGACAGUGUGGAGGGGGACUUCCCCUCCUCACUCCCCCUUGGUGCUUGACUGCAGGAAUAAUUUAUAGACUGAGGAAUUUUUUAAAUGAAUAAAUUGUAUUUUAUAUGAACUUUAUAGAGCUAUUUGUAUUUUUUUGAUUUAAGUGCCAAAAAUAUACAAAUAUAUAGUUUUAUAUUAAUGCCGUGAGGAUUUAUAUUAUAAGCCAAGAAGGGCCAUUUAUUCUCUGUGAUUCUUCCUAAGUAGCACUUUGUGUCCUGACUUCUUCAUUAAACAAAAAAAAAAAAUAGUCUUAACGGACUAUUCUGAAGAAGUGAGCAAUAUAAAAGCCAUUAGGAUGAAUUCUUCCAUCCCUGACUGCACAUCAAAGUGUCAGUCACUGAGGCAUGCUUUGGAUGUCAUUUCUGUGGUAACCAAGGGGAGUGAAAACCAGAUUAAAGCUUUUCUCUCAAGUCAUUGUUACAAUGCUGCAACUAUUAAAGAUGCUUUUGGAAGGAAUGCCCUGCACCUUGUUUGUUCUUGCGGAAAGAAAGGAGUGCUAGAUUGGCUUAUUGAGAAAGGAGUGGAUCUGUUGGUGAAAGACAAGGAGUCAGGCUGGACAGCAUUGCACAGAAGCAUUUUUUAUGGACAUAUUGAUUGUGUUUGGGCUCUGUUAAAGCAUGGAGUUAGUCUGUAUAUUCAAGAUAAAGAAGGCUUGUCAGCUUUGGAUCUUAUAAUGAAGGAUAGACCAAGACAUGUAGUAUUCAAGAAUACUGAUCCCACAGAUGUCUACACUUGGGGUGACAAUACUAAUUUUACUCUGGGUCACGGAAGCCAGAAUAGCAAGCAUCAUCCAGAGCUGGUGGAUCUUUUCUCCAGGAGUGGUGUUUACAUCAAGCAGGUAGUACUUUGCAAGUUUCAUUCAGUUUUUUUGUCCCAGAAAGGUCAAGUGUACACCUGUGGUCAUGGCCCUGGAGGACGUUUAGGCCAUGGAGAUGAACAGACAUGCUUGGUUCCCAGACUUGUGGAAGGAUUGACUGGUCAUAAUUGUUCACAAGUAGCAGCUGCUAAGGAUCAUACUGUUGUGUUAACUGAAGAUGGGUGUGUUUAUACAUUUGGUCUAAAUAUUUUUCAUCAGUUGGGAAUUAUUCCUCCACCUGCUAGUUGUAAUGUACCCAGACAGAUACAGGCAAAGUACCUGAAAGGACGGACAGUCAUUGGAGUAGCAGCAGGCAGGUUUCACACAGUGCUGUGGACACGAGAAGCUGUUUACACUAUGGGACUCAAUGGUGGACAGCUAGGCUAUUUGCUAGAUCCCAAUGGAGAAAAAUGUGUGACUGCUCCUCGUCAAGUUUCCGCUCUGCAUCAUAAGGACAUUGCUCUGUCUUUGGUUGCCGCAAGUGAUGGGGCAACUGUCUGUGUUACCACAAGGGGAGACAUUUAUUUGCUUGCAGAGUACCAGUGCAAGAAGAUGGCUUCUAAGCAGCUGAACUUGAAAAAGAUUCUUGUGUCUGGUGGUCGUAUGGAAUAUAAGGUUGAUCCUGAACAUUUGAAAGAGAAUGGGGGUCAAAAAAUUUGCAUUCUUGCAAUGGAUGGUGCUGGAAGGGUGUUUUGCUGGAGAUCAGUAAGCAGUUCUCUGAAGCAAUGUCGUUGGGCUUAUCCACGCCAAGUCUUCAUUUCUGACAUUGCUUUAAAUAGAAAUGAAAUUCUCCUUGUCACGCAAGAUGGGGAAGGAUUUAAAGGGAAAUGGUUUGAAGAAAAAAGAAAGAGUUCUGAAAAGAAAGAGAUUUUAUCAAGCAUUCAUAAUUCCUCCUCAGAUUUGUCUUGUACUUCUGAUACAAAUACUGUAUAUGAAAGAAUUCGGCUUGAGAAAAUCACUUUUGCCCAUAGAGCUGUUAGUGUCAGCACAGAUCCAAGUGGAUGUAACUUUGCAAUACUGCAGUCAGACCCUAAAACAAGCCUUUAUGAAAUUCCAGCUGUGUCUUCAUCAUCCUUUUUUGAGGAAUUUGGCAAACUGUUGAGGGAAACAGAUGAAAUGGACAGUAUUCACGAUGUGACAUUUCAAGUUGGCAAUAGAAUCUUCCCUGCACAUAAAUAUAUUUUGGCAGUCCGUUCUGAUUUUUUUCAAAAAUUGUUUCUCUCGGAUGGCGCUACAUUGGAAUUUACAGAUAUUUACCGAAAAGAUGAAGAUUCUGCAGGAUGCCCUCUUUUUGUGGUCGAAAAGGUUCAUCCUGACUUGUUCGAAUAUCUUUUACAGUUCACAUAUACAGAUACUUGUGACUUUUUAACUCAUGGAUUCAAACCAAGAAUGUACUUAAACAAAAAACCAGAAGAGUAUCAGGGUAUUUUGCAUUCUCGUGUAAAUAAAAUGAAUGGUCAUUCUGAUGAUAAUCGAAAGUCAACAUUAGAAAUGUUUGAAAAUAAUCAAGCUCAGACAGUUACUGAAAGGCAGAAGAGCAAACCAAAAUCUUCUAAGAAAGGAAAAGGUUUUGGAGAAGAUGAUCCUGUAAAAAUGUUGCAAAAUGUUGCAAAGAAGUUUGGCUUCAGCAAUUUGAGUAGUAGGUUGGAUGGAGUUCGAUUUGAAAAUGAGAAAAUUAAUGUCGUUGCCAAGAAAACUGGUAACAAACUGAAGUUAAGUCAGAAAAAAUGUUCAUUUCUCUGUGAUGUAACCAUGAAAUCAGUGGAUGGAAAGGAAUUUCCUUGUCAUAAAUGUGUUCUUUGUGCUAGACUUGAAUAUUUUCAUAGCAUGCUGAGUAGCUCAUGGAUUGAGGCUUCCAGUUGUGCAGCCCUGGAAAUGCCAAUACAUUCUGAAAUUCUGAAAGUUGUUUUGGACUACCUCUAUACUGAUGAAGCAAUGAUGGUUAAAGAAUCUCAAAAUGUGGAUUUUAUUUGUCGUGUUCUUGUGGUGGCUGAUCAGCUUUUAAUAAUACGAUUGAAAGAGAUUUGUGAAGUGGCAUUAACUGAAAAGCUUACCCUUAAAAAUGCUGCUAUGCUACUAGAAUUUUCAGCAAUGUAUAAUGCUUUACAGUUGAAACUGUCUUGUUUACAGUUUAUGGGACUGAAUAUGGCAGCUUUACUUGAAGCAAGGUCUCUUGAUGUUUUAAGUGAGGCUGUCUUAAAGGAUCUUUCUGCAUUCUAUCGAAAAAUGAUUCCAGCAAUGGAUAGGAGGAUCAUCACACCCUAUCAAAAUGGGCCUGAUAUUAGCUAUUUGGAAGCAGAAGAUGGAGAUGUCUUUUUGAAAGAAGAAAUAAACCUGGAACAAAAUUAUUUAGAAACUACCUUCAAGAAGGCAAAAACAAAAGCUAAAAAGAAACCACGUAAGCGUUCAGACAGUUCUGGAGGAUAUAACCUUUCAGACAUUAUUCAGAGUCCACCUGUUACAGGUUUAUUAAAGGCUGAUAAAACCAGUUCUGUGGACUCCCUUCCAGAUCUGUUGACGUCAGACUCUGAAGGAAGCUAUGCAGGAAUGGGUAGUCCUAGAGAUUUACAGUCCCCGGAUUUUACAACAGGAUUUCAUUCAGAUAAAACUGAGGGUAAAGUUAAACCAUGUGUCAAUGGCACACCUCCCGCUAAUUCUAGGGAAGAUUUAAAACCCGGGGGGAAAUCAGCAGGACUUAAAAUAUCUGCUCCACAGCCUAUUCCCAGUGACAGGAUUGAUGGUACAACCUCGUCUAGUUGGGUUACUGGCUCUUUCAGCCCAGUAAGCCCUCCUGUUGUGGAUCUCCGAACAAUCAUGGAAAUAGAAGAAAGUAGACAAAAAUGUGGAGCUACACCAAAGUUAAAUCUGGGCAAAGUGAUUUCUCAUGGAAUUAAGCUUUCUCAGAAGCAACGAAAAAUGAUUGCAUUGACUACCAAAGAAAACAGUUCAGGAUUGAACAGUGUGGAAACAGUUUUAACUCCUCCUUCAAAACCCCCUAAACCAGCAAAUGUGUGGAUGUCUUCUCUGACUACAGUUUCAUCCAAGUCAUUGCGAGAUUUCUUACCAGAAGAAAAGAAAUCUGUUACUGGACAUAGUUUAGGAGAUCAUGCUAAAAAAGUUGGUUUCAAAGGAAUUGAAUAUUCUCAGGCAUCAAAAAUUGCAAGAGGCUCUCCCCAUGGUACUCCAGGACCAGAAGGAAACCAGAUAUCAGAUUUACCACUUCUAGACAGUCCCAAUCCGUGGCUGUCUUCUUCAGUGACUGCUCCUUUAGUGGUAGCUCCGGUCACUUUUGCAUCUAUUGUAGAAGAAGAAUUACAGCAGGAAGCAGCUCUUGUCAGAAGUCGAGAAAAACCCUUGGCUCUUAUUCAGGUUGAGGAGCGUGCAAUACAAGAUUUACUGGUUUUCUAUGAGGCGUUUGGCAACCCUGAUGAGUUUGUCAUUGUUGAAAGGACACCGCAGGGACCACUGGCUGUACCUAUGUGGAAUAAGCAUGGAUGCUAGUUCACUGUGAAGUUAAGAUGCAAUUUUAAUAAUUGUGAUUGUUAUAAAGAAAGGCUAUGAAAGGAAUUCCUACAGAUUUUGUUAACAGAUCCUUCUAGAUAGAAUGAGCAGCAUAUGAUGUUUGUAUGAUUAAAAUGAAAAUCAGAAUUGUGAUUUUGGUAAAUCUUUAGGUAAAACUGUUUGAAAGGAAAAUUUAUUAGGUUUAAAUUAAAUACAGAGAUGUGAGUGGAGUGUAAAAUUUUAACAGUUGUAUGUUAAAAAUAAUUUUUUUCUGAGAAUUGAGUUUAUUAAUUUAGAAGAUUUUGCAAAUGCCUGUUGUCACUGUGCUUUUUAAAAUAUGGCAUUGAAGAACUUAAAUUAGGUGCAUCAUUUAUUACUUCAGUUGGGACUAUAUUUCUUCUCCAGUUUGCAUUAGGCAAAGGAUUGCGAUAGGAAGGAAGUAAGAAUUCUGAAUGUUCAGGACAGUUUCCAAUAAGAUAGUAGUUUAUGGGAUUUGGAGUCAUUGUGUCGAUUGAUUUCUUGUGUGUCAAUUGAUUUAAUUUGAAAUAAUCAAUUUCUCAUAGUAUUAAAGCUUCUUAAAUCUGUGAUUAAAUUCAUAUAAAAAUCAAACCGUUUGGAAAUGAGUUAAUAUAUAAUUGUAAUUAUUGUUACCUUAUUGUGUAAUCAAAAGCUCUCUGAGCCUGGAUAAUAUAGAGAGGCAUAAAUUUUUUUUUCUUUAAAGAGUAGUGUUUUGUUUGUUUUUGUGUGUUGAACUUUUUAAAAGACAAAAUUCUGUGUUCCAGUACCUAAAUAAACUGGAAAGUUUAAUAUUCUACUUUCUGAAUGGUAAAACUAUGGCAAAAUAUGAGUAAUUUACUACAGUAAUUCACUUGAUGGAAAAAUGGCUGAAACUAAUGCAGAAUUUCCAGCUUUAGCCCUACUGAAAAAAAUAGCAGGCAUGUAAGCACAUGUGCAAUAAAAAAUAAUGUUGAUCUAUUU